AUGGCUGCCCUAGAAGACAUCCGCUACCGAGUCGUUGACUUGGUGUCACGGCUUAUGCCCAUUUCAAGCACAAGCGGCGAGGAAUAUGAGAUUGGCAUCUUCUUAGAACAACAUCUCCAGGAACUCGGAUAUUCCGUCGAACGGAUUCCCAUCGCACCAGGGUCGACACGACACAACGUAUAUGCUUAUAUGGGUACGCAGCGGCAAACCCGUGUUUUGCUCACUUGUCAUAUGGAUACGGUCCCGCCACACAUUCCUCUCUCAAUUGAUACCGAUGGAGGGGUUAUCAGAGGUCGCGGAGCUUGUGAUGAUAAGGGGCCGCUCGCCGCUCAAAUAAUCGCAGUUGAAGAGCUCCGAAAAGAGAAUCAGGUUCAUGAGGGCGAUGUAGGAUUUCUCUUUGUUGUUGGCGAGGAAAAGGGUGGCGCGGGAAUGAUUGCUGCCAACGACAUGAACUUGAAAUGGGAAGCAGUUAUUUUUGGGGAGCCUACUGAAGGCAAACUUGGCAAGGGCCACAAAGGGCAUGUUGUGUUUGAGUUGGCUGCUCACGGAGAGGCAUGUCACUCGGGCUAUCCUCAACUGGGCAGUAGCGCAAUAUCAAAGCUAGUCAAAGCAUUGAACCAGUUGGAAGCUGUCGAUUGGCCAUCUUCGGAACUACUUGGCCCUUCCACGUUCAACAUAGGCAAGAUAGAGGGCGGCGAGGGUUAUAACGUGGUUGCAGCUGAGGCCAAAGCUCUUUGUUCUGUGCGUGUGGCUAAUGAUUUACCGCGGAUCAAAGCCCAGAUUUUGGAUGUUGUGGAUAACUCCUCGGGUGUUGAUGUUGACAUCAAGUUUUCGUAUCCCGAGAUCCUACUAGACUUCAAGCUGGAAGGUUUUGACUCUGCCCCAGUGAGUUUUGGAACCGACGCUCCAAGACUUAAGGGCUCGCAUAAAAAAAUUCUUUACGGACCUGGUACUAUAUUGGUAGCACAUGGAAAGGACGAACACAUUGUAAUUGACGAGCUAAUGCAAAGUGUCGAUGGGUACAAGAGGCUAGUGCUCAAUUUUUUGUGA